CCACUUUCACGUUUGCAUACAAAAAACCGCGGGAAACUUCGAGAAAUCUUGCAUUGCAGCGUUUAUAAACAGUUAUGAUGUGUUCUAGAAACGGUUACAAAUUUUGAAGUUGGAACGUUUGUAAAAAUUUGGAGUGCGCGUGAGUUUUUCUCGUGCGUCUCGCUUCCUGCUACCCUUCUUUCCUCUUCUGACUAGACUUUUGAGUUCCUUUUCCUUUUGCUGGAUUAGACAUUGGAAUCAGAGUUGAACGUUUGCAUCAGUGUGGUGAAAAAAAAGCUAGUGUGAAUAAUCGAGUGAAGUAAAGUUGUAGAGUUUUGGAGUGGUAUACUAUGGGUAUGCGAAGGUCCACCAUGCCACUGCUGAGCACGCUGGCGGCGCUGGUGAUCAUCGUGCAUUCCGAGGAGGAGAUGAGCCGAGGGUACAGGAGGGAACUGCGCCCGAACAGGGCUGUCGACACUGCCAGUUAUGAACAGCCUUGGAAGGCGAUUGAGCACCCACCACCGCAACCACCAGAACCAGCGCACCAGCCAACCCGAGGCUGGAUCGAGUCUCUCGAGUUUUUAAGGUCGGUAGAAGAAGUGCCGCCACGCCGAAGACCUGUUCGGAAACGGAAACGGCGGCCAUUGCCCCAUCCCGACACGGAACCGCUCGAAAGACACCAAGAAAGCAUACAAGCCGCUCAUACAGAGUUCGAAGACCAAACAAUUGAUCCCCCUAGAAGAAAACGCAAAAGACCAGAACACCCCAACUACCACUUCACAGAACAACCAGUGGUCACCGAUGAAAGACCUCUACGAAGAAGGGGUUUAAGAAAAAAACGACCUGAAUACGAUGAACAAUUAGAUGGCAUAGAUCCGGGCCAAGCUGAAUUUGAGCCGUUUGACGCCGAUCUCGAAGAUGCUAAAACAUUUCCUAAAUAUAAGCAAUUCGAAUACGACUAUACAGACAUAGAAUUUAAUACGGAGGCCCCAGAAGCAAAAUUAGAACAGGAGGUGGCUGAUCAACCUUAUAAUGUAAGAAAUGAGUUUUACCCUAAAAGUUUGGGACAAGCAAAUAAACAGAAUGGAGCAUCAGAUUCUGCGUCCAUUUCAUCAUUCGAAGAUAAAUUUAAUAAAAAUACAAAAGUAACUGAAGCGCAAAGAGUACAGGGUACAGAAAAUGCUACUUCCAAUCUAGAAAAUAAUUCAGACAUCAUGGUUAUGAGACCUAAGGAAGAUGGAGCGAUUGACCCCAUAAUGCUGAAACAGCUUUUGAAGAGAUCAAACGGAUCUAGUUUGAGCGAAAUGUUGCAACGACAUAAUCUGUCAUUAGCAGAUUUAUUACAAGGUAGAAACGAAGCUAUUUCAGCACUAAAUGCUGGCGCUACGUAUGAGCCUCAACAGUCAACUGAUACUUCAUUGGAAAGUAACUCCCAAUUUAAUGAAGAAGAAUCCAAAUAUCCGACGAGAAGACAAACAUUGUCAAAAGACAAAGUAGCACCGGCGGAGCCAACUUUAGAUAAAAAUACAAAGGGACCUAAAAGUAAUGAACAUACUGAAAACAUUGAACCAGAUUCUAAUAAGGACGCAAACAAAACAGAAAAUCAAGAAUCAAAACCAAGAAUAAAUCCUAAACGACGUUUUCCUACCGGUAUACGCAGAAAGCUAAGGAUGAGGCCAACAUUAAAUAAUACUCUCAAAGCUCAGUUAAGCAGAGAUUUAAUAGCCUUAAGUGCAAGAAAGUAUUCUAAUAAUAACAAGAAUGCAACUAAAUCCAGAGAAUGGAAGGAAAUAGUUCCUAUGAUGCUUGACCGAAGUAAAACUGACAAUGAUGAAAAUAAUAAAGACGACGUUACGGCAACAGCAUUAACAACUACUGAAGAUCUAGUUGAGACAACGACACCUAAUUUGAAGAUAUUGAAUUCAUCUUACUCGAUUUAUGUAGGAAAAAACAUUAGCAAUGUGAAGUAUAAUGAAGUUGAAACCAUUGCUACCACAGAAGCAACAACAACAAUUACCAUAGAAGUGAUGCCUGAUGAGAUAAUGAGUGAAAUUGAAAAACCAAAGGUCACUCCAAUUGUCAGUCCAACUGCCAACAACGCUACACUCAGACGCCAAGCUUUCAACAACAGAUUAAAACGAAAACGUCUCAAACAUAAAAGUUCUACUACAGAAAAUCCAACAGACGAUUUGAUGCGGAAUUUCCUCGGAAUGGCGAAUUUGGUAUCAGCUUCACAGUUUAUAGAAAGGACUCAGAAACCUCAUACAACUCUAAAAAUGAAUGACACUGAGUUUGCAACGGAAUUAGAAGAUUUCCUGACAACAGAGACUCCGGAAACCGUUGAUGACGGAGUAAAAUCUACCUCGAGGUUACCGACUGCAACCACGCCUAAAACGACCACACGGACAAGUAGUAUAAGCACCACGGAACAAACAGCGAAAUUUGAAAUCCAAGAAAUAUUAAAAGACAAAAUGACCAAAGAAAGACUUGCAAAAAUACUACGUGAGCGAAACAUGACUCUAAAUGAGUUAGUGAAUCACAGAGAGCGGGGAUCGAGCCACGUGCAUCUCGCCGACAUAUUCCACAACGCCUCCAAAGAACCGAACCCGCCUGAACCGUUCCUAACAAAAUCUUCCAUUGAACCUAUAUCGAAGGAAACUUAUCCAUUGCGCGCCAUAUUAGAAGCGAACACUUACGAGACUACAACUAGAACAGCAUCAUCACAGACAGAACAAAACAAUGCUCAAAUUCCAGUUGUUAUGAACUUUGGUAAUAAUGUCAAUGAAAAUGGAGAGAGUAUGGGGAUCAUAUCGUUAUUUAACAAAAUAGCUGAAAAUGAAGUAACGAUAGAUAAAGCUGAAAUAAGAAAAGAUUUAGAGGGGACGCCAUAUGUCAGCUCGGUUGUAAGUGUGAAUGCCACGAAUGCCAACGACACAAAUAGAGAAAGCAGAGUGAUGGCAGACAGCGAAGAUUGGAACGAACUACUGCUGUAUAUGCAGGCGCAUAAUAUUAGUACGUUUGAAGACGACUUGCAGACCCUGGACAAAGGAACCAGCCUAAAGGAAUCUUUAGAAAAUUUGGAGGGAGAAGGUUUGAUGAUAUUAGAAGACCUUCAGAAACUCGAAAACUUCCAAAGCGACAUAGCAUCCAGUUCAGGAGAAACUGUAGAAACAAGUAAGCAAGAUAAAAGAGAGCAUUUCUCGGAGAGUCCAGGCAUUCUUAAUAAAUUACCCAACAAUACAAAGUCGGUGGCUAUCGCUACAGCUAGCAUUCUCGGCCUAGCUGCGAUUCUCUUCUUAUUAACUUAUGUAGCGUUCAAAUGGAAGCAGCAAAGAAGUAAGUUGAGAAAGAAGGAAAGCUUUUGCGAUGGCCCCAUUCCUUCGCCAGUUUUCGAGAACAGAAAAAGUAGUAAAAAUAACUGUAGUAGCCGAAGUAUUAGUCCAAUGAUAUCAAAUACUAAUAUUUAUAUGAGUACUUUAGAGAGUACUAGCGGGAAGGAAUCGCCUGAUUAUAUGUGGAACUCUCUAAGAAAACCAUUCCAGUAACGUUUUCUAAUAAACAUAGACUGAAAUUGUAAGUAAUGUUUGGUAAUGAAUCAUAAUCUUACUGAUGAAGCGUAAGAGUCUCAAGGACCUUCUGCCAAAAAGCAGCUAUCAUGCAAUUAAAGUCACGCUCCUUUUAAAACUUUAAACGGUAGUUCCGAUGCGAAACUUGGCAUGAACUUUUAAGUCAUAGUUCUGGUAUUACUUCGAUGUUCUGCUUAAAAUGAAAUAUAUUUAAUACUUACUAUAGUUAGAGCUACACGCUACACGCUCAAGGAUUGUAUGUCUGACGUGACACUAUAAGCCAAAUAGCGAAAUAGCCUUUUCGAGCUCUUAUGAUUAGCAACAAAUACUAGAAUAUGUAUAUUAUUAUAUGUUACCUACUUGAAAGUGCAUGCUAAGUUGCAUUUCAUUGUAGCGAGCUGUAUUUAGCUGUAUUUAGAUGUCGCGCACCGCCCCGCGCGCCGCUGCCGCGGGUAGGCCCGUAAAACUCGCUUGCUAUAUCGCUCGGCGGCAGGGGUUAUUGCAUGCCUUACGCGUCGCUGAUUUAUUUUUUUUAUCGCUUGCCGCUACCGCCGGUCUCCUUAGACCAAUGUCUUGGUCAGGGCGAAAGUUUGAGCAAAAAUCAAUCAUAUUAAAACGGCUAGGUUCUUGUGACUCUUAAUAAAUUGUAAAUUAAAUAGUGAGUGACCUGAUAUUAUUAGUAAGGGCUAUUGUAUAUUUCUAUAAAUUAAUUUUAUUUUUAAGUUAGAUUUGCACUUGCAUUUUUAUUUUUUAGAUAGUUAGGAUGUAGAUGUCAUGCACAAAUUAGGCAAGUGUAUGUGGUAGGUAUCAUAAAUCAUCUUACUAACAUGUUAAUUUGGCACUAUUUUGGACUGAGGGCAGCUACAUAUCUACAUCUGAAUUUGUUUAAAAUAUUACAUUAAUCUACCGAAAAUUAUGAACACGAAUUGUUCAAUUUCUCAUGUCGAACAAGUGUGCACUUGUUUAUCUGAAUGAAAAUGAAUUUAUGCGAAUGUGCAAUCUAUUUUGCACCUCAAAUGUGACUGCCUUAAUCGAAAUCCAUCGACAUGUAUGUGUGACAUGUAAGGAAGAAGGUAUUAAUGUCUAUAGAAAUAGGCACAAAUAAUAGUUAUUUGUUAUACAAGAGUGCAAAGUUGUAUUUUAACGCCGAGUGUGGAAUUGAAAAACGAGCAAGCGAAAGGAUUCUAUAGUUGAAGCA